AGUUUCACCAUCACGUUGAUUGAGCGUCCUCCUCUUCUCUCCCUAAAGGAAUAGUUUCACCAUCACGUUGAUUGAGCGUCCUCCUCUUCUCUCCCUAAAGGAAUAGUUUCACCAUCACGUUGAUUGAGCGUCCUCCUCUUCUCUCCCUAAAGGAAUAGUUUCACCGUCUUAAAACGGGUUUGACCUUGAAAUGAGGGACGGUGGUAAAUGAGUCACUAAUCACAUGAAAUAAAUAAUAACGUUCAGAAAGGACUUUCCAGAAGCAUCAACAUCACCACUAGGGCUUUACAAUGAUGGUGAAAAUGUCGAUACGUUUUGGUGUUCGAUGGGUUAAAAUCGUCCAAGACGCCACUGAGGUGCACAGGAGGGACUUGUCAAAAUGCUGCAUAUCUGCACUUCUCUGUGGUCAUUUAAUAUAACAAGCUUUUAAAAGUCAUUAUUGGUGCACAAUUUCUAUUUAAAAUAUCAAAGCGAUGCAGAAGAGACAUUUUUUUUCCUGGAACAUCCAUAUUGUGUUUGUUUAAAGGGGCGGCCGGCAGCCUAACGGUUAGAGAGGUGAGCCAGCGACCAAGGAUUGCCGGUUUGAAUUCCGGGUCCUGCAGAGAAGUUGGUGCGUUGACAGCCCCAGGAGGUUCCAAAACUCUGUCGGAAGGAGAGAUCUCCAACCCAGGUUCAGACAGUGAGCCCAGUUCCACAGCAUCAGGAAACCAUAAACAACACAGACAGAGGAACUCAAGACAGAAACAUCACCACUGCAUGGACUGCUUCACUAGUUUCUAUGAUCCAGAGGAGUUGAGAAUACACACUUGUAGGCCCCACCCCUGCUCAGAUUGCAGAGGCAGUGUUAUUUGUCCAACUCACCUCAAAUCAAAACAGACUCAGAAAACGAAGGCGACAUACCUGUGUGGUCAAUGUGGAAUGAGAUGUGAAACACCAAGCAAACUAAAGACGCACCAGAGAACUCACACAGGAGAGAAGCCAUACCACUGCACUGUUUGUGGAAAGGGCUGCAGUCAUUCGGACCAUCUAAAGACGCACCAGAGAACACACACAGGAGAGAAGCCUUACCACUGCUCCCAAUGUGGAAAGAGUUUCAGUCAGUUAACAACUUUGAGAAACCACCACCUAACUCACACAGGACAGAAGUCUUACCUCUGCUCUCAUUGUGGGAAGAGUUUCAGUCAGUUAGCCAACCGAAAUACACACCAGUUAAUUCACACAGGAGAGAAGCCAUACAACUGCUCUCAGUGUGGGAAGGAUUUCAGAUCUCCAAGAGAAUUAAAGUCACACACGAGAACGCACACAGGAGAGAAGCCUUUCCACUGCUCCCAAUGUGGAAAGAGUUUCAGUCAGUUAUCAAGUCUGAAAAGACACCAACUAACUCACACAGGAGAGAAGCCUUACCUUUGUUCUCAAUGUGGGAAGAGUUUCACCACGUUAUCUGAACUGAAGCCACACCAGAUAACUCACACAGGAGAGAAGCCUUACCUCUGCUCUCAAUGUGGGGAUAGUUUCACCAGUUUAUAUUUCCUAAAGAAACACCACCUAACUCACACUGGAGAAAGGCCUUACCUUUGCUCUCAUUGUGGGAAGAGUUUCAGUCAGUUAGCCAACCUAAAUACACACCAGUUAAUUCACACAGGAGAGAAGCCUUACCACUGCUCUCAAUGUGGGGAUAGUUUCACCAGUUUAUAUUUCCUAAAGAAACACCAGCUGAUUCACACGGGUGGAAAGCUGUUCCAAUGCUCCCAGUGUGGUAAGAGUUUCAGUCAUUCAUCAACUCUGAAGAAACAUCAGAUAACUCACACAGGGGAGAAACCUUACCACUGUUCUCAGUGUGGAAAGAGUUUCAGUCUGGUAGGAAACCUAAAGAGACACCAACUAACCCACACGGUAGAGAAGCCUUAACAAUGCUCUCAUUGUGGGAAGUGUGUCAGUCAUUUACACCACCUAACGUCCAGUUAAUUCACACAGGAGAGAAACAAUACCGCUGCUCUGUGUAGGAAGCGUUUCAGUCGAUCAGCAAAUUUGAAGAAGCAUCAGGGAAUUCAUACAGGAGAAACGCUGUGUCGUUAGAUCUGAAGACACCCGUUUGUUCACAUAGGGAGAAGCCUUAACUCUGCUAUCAAUGUGGGGAUAGUUUCACCAGUUUAUUUCCAAAAUAACACCAGCUAAUUAUGACUAAUAAUAACUUACCUGGUUAGAUAAAGGGGGUAAAAAAAAAAUACUUGCAAAGGAUUGUGGCAGCUGCUCCCUGUGUGGAAAGCUUCAGUCAGUGAACCAAUUUGAAGACCCACCAUUUCACUGGCACGGUGUGAGGAAAUGAUUCAGUCCCCUAGGAGACCUAAAGAAACACCAGCUAACUCACCCUGGAGAGAUUCCUUACCAUGUUCUUAAAAUAAAGCUGGUAUGAUAAGACUUUAUUGUGAACAUAUCCAUAUAUCAGGAAUCACCAAAAAGGCAGCAGAGAAAACUGAGUGAAGUUGACAUUGUGGAAUCCAUAGCUAAUAUCUGUCCAUAGAGAAUCCUGAGUAAUCAGACAUCAUAUAUUCUAGUUGGAUUUCUACAUCGCUUUUUUUUUAAAAAGAAGAAAAAAUAUAUAAUUUAGUCACGGAAAAUGUAUACAACAAAAACUUCUAAAUGUCAGAAAAUAAAUACAACUAUUGUAAGUA